AUGCAGGCUACUGAGACAGUAUCUGCGCGCCAGAAGGUGCUGGAGUCCAAGGAAACCUCCAAGGCGAGCGACGUCUACAGCUUCGGGAUGGUGGCGUGGGAGGUGCUGACGAGACAGACACCUUGGGCGGACCAAGCUCGGCCUCGAGACAUCUACCUCCGUGUUGUCAUGCGUGAGGAACGCCCCGCGAUGCCCGCGGGUGGCCCCGUAGACAUCGCAGAGAUGGUGCGCAGCUGCUGGGCCCAGGAGCCCGAAGACCGCCCGACAUUUCCAGUGCUUUGCAACUGGGGGUACGUCGGACGGGCGGCUUGAAGCACAAGUAGCUCUUGAUUUCGAGGAACGCUUGAAUGGCCUUGGGGAUAACCCUGGAAGGUAUCAUCAAUGUGAGACGAUAAACACACCUGACAGGUGAUCCGUGCUACUGUAUUUCAUGUUUUCAGUGUCCUGGAAGCUGUACAUAGAUUGGGGGGUUACUGCUGUCGGUACGGCGUCAACAGUGACGUUUGCGUUGUGUGUAGGCGCCUCCUGCCACCACUACCAUUGGCCUUAGUCAGUGUGCGGCCAUCGUAGGCACAACGUCCAUGGUUCCGGCAUGACCAAUCGUAAAACCAGGGUGAAUGCCGCGGGCUGUGGGAGAGCCGAUAGUGCUGCACGUGGGAAAAUGGUGUGUCGAUAGGGGAGGGUAUCAGCUCCGAGCUCUAGGAGGCCACGACCUUGUAAGCCCGAGAGGAGCGUGCGAGAUUCGUCAUCAAUUCUGGUUGGAAGUUGGAGGAGAAGCUGCGGCGAGGGAGGGGGUCUAGCUCUCACUUUCCAGGAGGCCCGACGGGCAUCGCUUGAACAGCCCGACCGAGACCCCGGUUUGACCGAACGAGUGGUGACAGAUAUCCCCCCCGACGCUGGGGUGAUGGAAUGCCCGUGGGGACGACCGUGCGCCCUUUCAGCAGCAUCCAGAUAAUAGUCGUACAGGAAGGGGAAGGGGGGAUACCGAUGAUGGGAGAAUAAACGGCAAGGAUCGGCGAAGGUACGAUCGGGGAGGAAGGCCUCCUCCACGGGACGCAGGGAAAUGAAACGUAAUACGAUGAGCACCCAACUUUAGAACUAUACACAAGCUAGCCAUAAACGAGACGCCUGCUGCGCCCUUGCCUGUCCUCCCCGGCUCUAUUCGCGGCAGCCCCAACAAUAUGCACUUCGAGAUCACCGCGGCAAACAAGGCGAUCGCGGGUGGCCCCCUCCAAGACAUCGCUUUAGCGACACUCCGUUGCAUGAUUGUUGUUGUAGAUUCAAAAGUGUUUUGCUGGUCUACAGUUGCACCGAUUGUCCCACAUUUUUGGGGCGGGGUGAUUUUUUUUGAAGGGUUGUCAAACGAAUUGGGCGAAAAACAAAUGUGCGUUGGAAAGCUCUCGCCAGUAGCUUUCGAAUAAGCCGUUCAAAAGCGGUGGGUUCGCUCUGGAUCAAGAGUUAUGGACCUGUUACCAUCGCCAGCGAAGGUGCUUUACUCCACCGAGUCCUCCAUAACUCGACAACUACGGCGAACCCACCGAAAAAAAUGCAGAUAAUUGACGCUCUCUUUCUGUUCUAUUUAUGGCGUU